GGUAGGGUUAGGGUGGUUAGGGGUCACAUCAUAUAUAUGCGGACGACUCGACACUUGUUUAGCGACUCGACAACGUUGGCUAUAGCUAUCAUGUUUGUCCUCUGUUUCCGCGCGGUGUCUGUCCGCCGGUCAUCCACGCGAAAAGCGUGAUCCAAUGAAUCGCAAUAAUACCCCAGCGGGAACAGGGAACAAAUGCCUAGUUGACGCUGGCACCACUGCCGCGGGAAAGCACCUUGAUGUCGUCUGUCUCGGUCAUAGUGUGCUGCUUCAACCUCUUGCCUGAACCGCACAGCACCAUGUCAUGUGCAUGCUAGCCACCUCCCUGUCGUGUGUGCCAUGAGCGCAGUGCAAUGACAUGUCAUUUUAACACAUAUAUACCGUUUAGGAACCUGAGAAGAUAGACCUCCCACUCUUGGGUUGCAGGGUCGCGCACGAGCGUGCCGUAGCCGAUACCUGACCGCCAUCCGGUGCCUGCAUGCAUCCAUGGGCAAGCAGCCAACGGGCUCGGCUACAGCAGUGGUGUUGGUGCGUCCGCCCGAGUGUUCCCGUCCUCUCCUCCUCUCCUGCUCGGCUCACUCCUCACCGUAUACGGCCAGCUUGACGUUCGCCUCAGUGUCCCUGACGCUGCCCGUCCAGAACGGAUUGUACCACAAAGACUCGCCCAGCUCCUCCCGCACCUUCGGGUCAUUCCUGCAUGCAUGCACACGGCCAAACGGACACCAUGUGUCCUUACUCACGUGUAUCAGCCAGCCCGGCAUUGACCCACCUGAUUCGGUCCCACACGAUCCGCACGGGUUCGGGAAAGUCUGUCAGGAGCCUCACCACCAUGACCGCACCCGUGCCCAGCAACACGGCCCCUGCGAGACCCACCGAGUUCAGGCACCCUUUCCGCCACCAGGUCAUGUUGAUGAGGAGUCUGCUGACGACGACACAACACAAGGAGCGGAGCAAGGAGUCUGCUGACCGGGGUGCGCAAGAGGCCUCUCCACCCUUGAACCGCCGUGCCUGAGAAGAAGCAACGCAGGCCGCAUAUUAUUAGGAUAUUCUUGCG